GCCCUGUAAAGGAGGCUGGCACCGAGCCCCCGCCCCCCACACUCUGCUCCGAGACCAAGCAGGCACCUGGUCCCUCCCACACCGCACUCAGCCCCCGCUUUCUCUGGCUUCCUGCAGCCAAUAGCAACAGAGGCGGCCGCAGAGGAGGCUGCUGCGAGCCCCAGGGGCGCGGCGCAGAGCGGAGCAGAGCAGCGCCGCUGGCCCGAGGCUUCACAGCUCCGCGCGCAUCUCCCCGGCUCGCCAGGGCAGCGGCGGCAGACACAGGUCAGGGAGCGCUUCUGUGCUGGGAGAGAGCGCGGCCGCUGCGGCUGAGGAUGCUCCUGGUCCUGGUCCUGCCCUUGCUGCUGGGGGGCGCUUGCGCAGCUCCGGCGGCGGAUGGAGGGGCCGAGCUGCCGCCCGGGGAGCCGGAGCCGAGCUUCCCUCGGGAGGAGGCCAGUCUGAACGAAAUGUUCCGCGAGGUGGAGGAGCUGAUGGAGGACACGCAGCACAAGCUGCGGAACGCAGUCAAGGAGAUGGAGGCUGAGGAAGAAGGGGCAAAAAACCCAUCAGAAGUUGACUUUGAAAACUUACCUCCCAGCUACCAUAAUGAAUCCAACACAGACACCAAAAUUGGUAAUAAAACCAUUCAUACCCACCAGGAAAUUGACAAGGUUACAGAUAACAAAACUGGAUCAACAAUCUAUUCCGAGACCGUUAUUACAUCUAUAAAAGAUGGAGAAAGCAAGAGGAAUCAUGAGGAAUUUUGUUUCAAAAUUACUCUAAAGAGAAGGACAGGAGACCGUCAUUCCUGGCAUGAGAUGGCUUUAAGGACCAGCAUUUCACAAAUAGAAGAGUGCAUAAUUGAUGAGGAUUGUGAGAUAGGGAAAUAUUGCCAGUUCUCCAGUUUCGAAUACUUAUGUCAGCUCUGUAAAACCCAACAUUCUCCUUGCUCCCGAGAUGUUGAAUGCUGUGGAGACCAGCUUUGCGCCUGGGGUGAAUGUGUGGAAGCUGCAUCAAAAGGCGAGAAUGGCACAAUUUGUGAAAAUCAACAUGACUGUAAUCCUGGGACAUGCUGUGCUUUUCAGAAAGAUCUUCUGUUUCCUGUGUGUACUCCAUUACCUGCAGCAGGAGAACCUUGCCAUGAUCCUUCAAACAAACUCCUGAACCUGAUCACAUGGGAACUGGAACCAGAUGGAGUGCUUGAGCGCUGCCCAUGUGCAAAUGGCUUGAUAUGCCAGACUCACAGCCACAGCACCGUGUCUGUAUGUGAAGUGUCUUUUAAUGAAACCAGAAGUAACGAAAAGGAAGACCCUUUGCUCAUGGAUGAAAUACCGUUACUUGGUUUGAUACCCAGAGAUGUGCUUGGUGAUUAUGAAGACAGCAGUAUCAUUCAGGCAGUGCGGAAGGAAUUAGAAAGCCUGGAAGGAAAUAUUUCCGAACAGACAGAUUUAAAGGAGCCAGACUUGGCUCAUGAUCUGCUCUUUGGAGAUGAGAUUUAAAUUAAACACAGGGUAGGAUUGGUCACUGACACGAUACGAAUUAAAUUUCUAGAAGUGUCUAGUAUUUUGCUUGUAUAAAUUCUGAACACACACACUGCUGGAUAGAAGUGCAAUAAAUAAUAUUUUAAAGGGGUUUCUUCCUAUUCUCGUCCCCCAAACCUGCACAGACUUUUUUUUUUUUUUAAUCCAUUCGGAAGGUUGGACUAAAUUAAAUCAGAAAGGGCAAGUGUGGGCCAACAGUGUCAGGUUUUUUUUGGACUAGUUACUCUGUUCUGGGUACCAAAAUAAACGUACUAGUUUGGUAUUAAGGGGAAAUGAGCAUAAUGUGUCAAAGUGUUAAUGUUUCAUACAUAAUCUCAUUUAAAUUAUUGGUAACCCUCAAGUGAAAGUUUUGAGCAUUGCAUUUUCUGUACAUAUGUUUGGAAUGGUUGUUAUUGUUCUGGGGUGAGGAAGAACCCACUUCUUCGUUUAAGAUGAUUAUUUUCGGGCAUUGGUCUUCAGCCAUGUAUGUGUUUCUUUUAAAAAUAUAUAAUCACAGUGAAGUUGCAAUAAAUAUAGCUUCUGCUCAGUUAUUUGAAGCCUGGGGGAGGCUGGGAAGGAGGAGAGCUUUAUCCUUAGUUUCAGAGAGAGCACUUAGGACCAAACUUCACUUUCAACUGUUUACAGAGGAGGCGGCAAAGGAUCUCAAACUCACAUAGCACCACUAGCUGUACAGGUUUUGGGGGACCAGACUGGUAGCUUAAACCAGCCUCCCCACUACACAGCAUUUGCCAGUGUCAACUUCAUGAGAGUGAAUACUACUCCUUGCAGCAUUAACUCUCUUUCACAGUUGUUACCUUCAGGAAGGCAUGGAUUCCUUCCCCCCACCACCUCUUAUGUAGGUUUGGAAUUUUGAACAAAGUCCAAUAAGAAAAAACAUCCCCUUUAACAGCUUCUGUAAAACAAACAAAAUAGGACUGGGACAAAUGCACAUUCAUUAGGGUGAUAUGUACUCCGUAGAUGAAGCUUGCCCCUGUUCCUGUUGAAACAAACUCUCCACCACUCUUCCUUGUAAUCAGGAUGUCAAAUAUCUCACUACCGACAAGUAUGUUUCAGACUUACUAUACCAGAGGAUUGUCCCUGCACACAAGAAUAGGCUGCUUCCCCUUACCUUCCCCAACAGGCCGGCCUUGUUAUAAACUGCCCUGCUUUGAAGUGACUGCCUAUUAUAAAAAGCCCAGAUCCAUCAUCUUCCUGUAAAAAGUCCUGUAUUUGACCUUUCAAGGAAGUGCUUUCUCUCAAAGUAUUACCCUUACUUACUAUCACAGUAAUACUGCUGCUGUAUUCCGUCUUCAUGCAUAAUACUUCCUGGCAUAAGACUAUUUAAUAAGGCACUGGGGCCCUAGUUGUAGGUAGGUCAUAUACUCCAAUAGAAAGCAUGCAUAGGUUUUUACACUGGGGGAGAGGUGGGGAGGGAGAACCACAGUUCAUAUGGAAUAUUACAGAAGGAUCAGAUUCUACAGCCCUUUCAAAGAGCCAUCUUUGGCCCAUAUAAAUCAAGUGCUAGAGCAGUAGGAGAGGGUUUUUUCCAGAAACAUGGCUGAGAUUAUUGUGAGAAGGAGUUGGACCUUAGAGCCAACUAUGAAAAGGAUGAAAAAAAUUUGGACUUUAUGUUACGUCAAAGCUAGGACAAUUUGCCAUGAAACUGUCCAGGGUGUCUCAAACCAAAGGAUUCCCUUCGUACUCUUCAAGUUUGAGGUUAGGAGCAUGAAGAACACAGUCAUUCCUGUGGAAGGAACCUCUUUCAUAAGGACUCCAACAGAAGAGAAGCUACCGUUGUAAGCAUCUCGCCACAAUUUUGACAACCACACUUCACCAGAGCCAUGUCAUGCAAUAACCUGAAAAGCCUCAAUCCUCAAACACAGUGAGUUUAAGCCACAGCUGAAACGCCUGUUGCUGGCUAUAGCAAUCAGUGAAUGGCUCCACACAGCUGGCUAACCUAUUUACCACACCACGUCCCUGCUUUCAUAUGGAAGCACCCCAGGUUCAUUUUACAUGUACACAGUGAACAUGAUCAAGGUCAGAAAAGCUCCAGGGCCUUAGUUACAAAAAAUGUCCAGACUGGCUAUUCAAGACUCUCAAGAUCACCCAAUGAAAAUAUUACCCGGUUCAUUCAGACAACUGUGGAAUAAACAAACUGAUAAGUGGCAGUCAAAAUUCACAUCUGCAAGUCUAAGUAAUACAGGCUCUUCUGGCAGAUGGGUCACUCAGCCUACAUGAGGAUGGAUCCAAAUAACAAUUCUGAACACAAAAACACUGGCACAGUAAACAACUCUGAGCAGUGCUUUACAAAAGAGGGCAAGUGUCAGCCUUUCCAUUUUAGAGAUCGGUAGGGUCCUUCCUUUUCAGUUCUUUUAUUUCAUUUUCCCUGGGAAUUUAUCAGAGUUUAUUACCUCAACAACAAAAACAGGUGAAAUUCAGUGCAAAAAUUUAUAAACCCCAAUAUCAACCCAGAAAAAUUAUGAAGUAUGCAAUAGAUUAAUGCUUUGAAGUCCGUUCAUCAAUGUGGUUUGCUGCAGACCUAAAACAGAACUCAAAACAAUGUCACUGAGUUUAAGAAAACAAUACAUCUCUGAACCCCAAAUAAAAGUUUUAAUUUGAACAAACAGCUUACUGUUGUAGACUUAGACCUAUUAGCCUAUAAAUAUUUACAUUUAAUAAUUGGGCCACACCAUUUGCAGCGCAUACACUCAACUUCAUCCUUUUUUUGUAUUUUGUAAACUUUUGAAUGCUUAGUGUUCUGAAACGUAUUCUGAUAGAUUUUCUUCCCAUUUUAGUGUCUCAAAUCUUUAAACCGUUAUCAGCCGAUAGCUUGAAAUGUGUAGGUGGUGGGCAUGAGAUUCCGUCCGUUCAGAUGCACACGCGCUUCAAAGCCUGCAUGCAGGCUGGUUUGUUUAUUGUGUGCGUCUUCAAGACUAUUACAUAGCCUUACUUCAAGGGGCAGCUUUGCAUAUACACAGACUAAUGUAUUAUCGUAAUAAAUGUAUCUCAUGCAAUGUAUUGUAUUUUCCUAAUAAAACAAGUUGUUUUUUA